UCUCUCUUCCCUCUCCUUAAUUCAAAGCUUUUUGGCUAUACAAUUAUUUAGUUCACGAGCAAGCACUUCCUCCAAGAAAUUAAAAUUUCAAAAAAAGGUCAUCCACAAGCGAGCCUUGCAACCCCAAAAUAAAUUUCAAAAAUGAAAUUGUUGUAGCAGCCUCGAACCACAACAAAGAGGUUCAAACAAAAUCUCUGACGCUGCUGGAGAUCUAAAAAACCUCAAGUUGUGGCCAACACCCAAGCCGUGUUCUUCGUCUUCUUCUUCUUCUAAAAAUACCCUUUUCUUUGAUUCUUGUAAUUCUCACGAAUUAUAAGAAAAAGAAACGAUUUUUAUUACUCUUUGCAUCGAUUAAAGCAAUACCCAAUUUGGGGUUUUGUGAAUUUUGUGCAAAGGUUGGGACUUUAGGGCAAGUUUUUGUAAUGCUUGCGGUGUCACCGGUUAGGAGUGGCAACAAAGAUGAAGAACAAGGAGAAGUGGAGAGCUUUUCGAUUGGUGGUGAUGAUUUUCCCGGCUUUGAUGAUGAUACUAAUUUGCUCGACAGCAUCAAUUUUGAUGAUUUCUUUGUGGGAAUCAACGAUGGAGAUGUGUUGCCUGAUUUGGAGAUGGACCCUGAAAUCCUUGCUGAAUUCUCCGUUAGUGGCAGUGAGGAAUCGGAGGUCAAUGCAUCGGUGAGUUUAGAAAAAUUCGAGAAGGAUUUGGAUUCGAGAUCUUGUGCUCAAGUGGAUCAAGAGAUUGUGAGUAAAAGAGAUGAAUCGGCCACGCCAAGAAAUAUUAUUGAAGUCAACGCUUUGGUGAAACAUGGUGACAAGAUUAAGAACCGGAAGUCUUCUUCUCAAUCCAAAAACUCUCAAGGGAAGAGGAAAGUUAAGGUGGAUUGGACGCCGGAGCUUCACCGGCGGUUUGUGCAAGCGGUGGAGCAGCUGGGAGUUGAUAAGGCGGUGCCUUCUCGAAUAUUGGAGCUUAUGGGAAUUGAGUGUCUCACUCGCCAUAACGUUGCUAGCCAUCUUCAAAAGUAUAGGUCGCAUCGGAAACAUUUGCUGGCACGUGAAGCGGAGGCGGCGAGUUGGAGCCAAAGGCGGCAGAUAUAUAGCUCGGCCUCGGGCGGUAACGCCGGGAAGAGAGAGCUCAGCCCUUGGAGUGCACCCACCAUGGGAUUUCCGCCCAUGACGCCCAUGCAUCCUCAUUUUAGGCCUUUACAUGUGUGGGGUCAUCCCACGGUGGAUCAAUCUCUAAUGCACGUAUGGCCAAAGCAUCUCCCACAUUCACCAUCUCCGCCACCUCCACCGACCACCCCGCCAUCUUCAUGGCCACACGCCGCCGCUCCUCCUCCGCCCCCUGACUGGCACCACCACCACCAACGGGUUCCAAACGCCUUAACCCCAAGAACGCCAUGCUUCCCACAGCCAAUUCCGACCACGAGAUUUGGUGGGGCAGCGUUCUCGGUAAUUACACCGCCACAUCCGAUGUACAAAGUAGAGCCCACGACCACCGUCGGCCGUUCUCCCACCCACCUUCCUCUGGACUCUUAUCCAUCCAAAGAGAGCAUAGACUCAGCUCUUGGGGACGCUUUAACCAAGCCAUGGCUGCCACUUCCUCUCGGCCUAAAGCCUCCAUCGUUGGACAGUGUCAAAGUCGAGCUCCAACGACAAGGCAUUCCUAAAAUACCGCCCACCUGUGCUUGACCAUCAUCCCCGCCAGCCUUAAUUUGACGACAUUUCUCUCGUGCUGCACUUUUCGAUCCAUCGAUGAACUAAAAUGCUGCUACCGCCACUGCUGUUACUACUUCUCUUGUUGUUUUUGUAAGAGGGUUAUUGGUUCUAAUCCAUAUCUCCUUUGGAGCUUCUUGUAUUAACCCACCAAGAGUAACACUUUGUCGUAAUAAUUAUAACACUAAAAACCAAUAAAAUGUUAUCAGA